AUGAACAACGAAGUUAAAUUCUGGAACAAUGCAGCAUUCUACGGCGACGAUUUCACGACGAAGAUGAAGACUUCUUGGUCUUCUUCCUCGGAUUGCACCAAAGAGAAUGUAAACCCUACCGCACUCAAUACCAAUAUCGCCACUUCGAAAAAGAAAAAAGCUAUAGACGAUGAAAUCGCUGAAGUCGAAUUCGAAAUUAAGCGAUUAACAACAAAGCUUGAAUCGCUUCGUCUUGAAAAAAUCGCGUCGGAAAAGCGCGUUAGUGGAAUUGGCACUGGAAGGGUUAUAGCUGCGAAGUUCAUGGAACCGAAGAAAAACAGUGUCGUUUUCAAAGAUGAUGAUAAUGCUGUGAAACGAAACGGAAACGGAAACGGAAACGGAAACGGAAACGGCGUCGUUUUCAAAGAGGCGACGCCGAAGGGAAACGGUGUCGUUUUAGGUACACCGAGGGUUUCGAAAGAGGAUACUCCGAGGCCGAGGAUGAAUUGGAGGAGAGGGAUGAGUUUAGGUCCGGGGGAGAUUGCUGGUAAAGUUUCAGCACCGGUGAGUACUCCGGCGACGGUGAAUCGGAGGAAAUCUUGUUACUGGAAGCCGCAGGAAAUUACGGAGGAAUCGAGGAGGAAGACGAUAUGUAAAGCGAAUUCAGUUGCUGUUGGAUCGGUUAAGCUGCGUGAAAUGAAGAAGAAAGAGGAAGAGAUUGUUCAACCGAGGAAGUUGUUUGAAGGAGAGAAAUCAGUGAAGAAGGUGGUGAAACAAGGGAGGGUUGUUGCUAGUAGGUAUAAUUCUGGUGGUGUUGGUGAUGCGAAGAAAAGAACGUUUUCGGAGAAUAAUAAGGGUUUUGGGAGUGAGGUUAGGGUUAAGAAGAGGUGGGAGAUUCCGAUUGAGGAAGUGGAUGUGAGUGGUUUUGGGGUGUUACCGAGGAUUUCGACGUUGAGGUGUAUCGAUGAGAGUCCUAGAGAUUCUGGUGCUGCUAAAAGAGUUGCUGCAAUGAAUGGGAAAAAGUCUUAUUUCUGUGAUGAUGAGGAGGAUAGUAGAAUGGUGGUGGAGGAAGAAGGGAAUGUUUGUCAGGUUUUAGAUUUUGCUGAAGGUGGUGAUGAUGAUGAUGAUGAUGAUCAUGACGUUGUUGAUGAUGAUGAUAAUGAUGAUAAUGAUAAUGAUGAUGGUAAACAAGGGUAG